GUUGUAAUACCAGCCACAGAAACAAACCAUCUGAUGUUGAGUUUUACUGUCUUCCACAGUUGUUCUGUAUACUUUUCAACUCGCAACUCCGCUAAGUACCUCGCUUUGUUAACCAAUCAGGAACAAUGUUUGCGAAACGCGCGACGUCGUCAAAGAAGGCCUUGAAUGACCCUUGGAAAGUUCAUCCUUGAAGCGUUUUUAACCCUACUGCGCAAACGUCAUCGUCUCUUAUUCUAUAGUUUUUGGUCCGUAAAUUUCAAAAACACUUCUGGGAAGAUGUCAUCGAUAGCCAGCUUGAUGCUUACCACUUUGGUUUUUCUUGCUGCCGAGUAUCAAGUUGUCGAAGCGUCAGCUUGUCCCUAUUGGGUGGAAACGAUAUAUCCCAAAGACAGUAGAAAUGACACCAUAUUCAGUCCUGGAUACCCUGGGUAUUAUGACUCGGAGAAUUGUAAAUGGAAAAUCGUGGCAUCCUACGGCCAUAAAGUUCUCAUCUACUUCACAGAACUCGAGUUGGAAGAUUGUAGUAGCUGUAGUUGUGACAGUGUGGAAAUUUAUGAUGGAACUGAUCAGUACAGCACUCGUUUGUCAAAAAGCUGUGGAAGCAGUCUUCCUGUGCCAGCGUAUUCUACAGGUCGUAAUAUCUUCUUGAAAUUCACUUCAGAUAUAAGUGUGACAAGGAGAGGGUUUGUGGCACACUACAGAGUGCUGAAUUCCUCAUCAGGUUGUCCAGCAAUCACUCCUGGCGCCUCAGCUGGCGUAAUUUACAGUCCUAAUUUCCCUUGGAGUUUUGCGGCCCACAGUUCAUGUGACUGGCGUAUUGAAGCACCUUCGGGGAAAAGGGUUAAUUUGAAGUUCAUAAGAUUCCACUUGGGGUAUUACUCUAAUUGUGCAUACGGCCACGUGGAGGUGCGAGAUGGUUACUACAACUUUCUGCUUGGGAAGUACUGUGGGUCUCAAAUUCCAGCCUCCGUCUCCUCCUCAUCCAACUCUCUAACUGUUAAGUUCCGUUCUUCCUACGUCACCUAUUCGGGAUUCCUGGCACUGUACCAAACGGGACACAGCUUUCCAACAAAUGCUUCAGCCAUGACUACAUACAGACCUGUCUACCCGACAACGCGGUCUGCAUAUUACAGUUGUAGUAGUUACAGCUCUGAAACAGCCUUUUACCUUGAAAGUUCAAGCUCGACAACCAUCAGGUCGGGUGAUGGUGGCUUCUGGAACACCAGGGCUCCUUAUUCAAGCUGCACAUUCAAAAUUUCUACAAAGAAGGGUUACAACCUGGAGCUUUCUCUUGACAAUAUGUCCAUGAACAGCUGUUCUAGCUGUUCUUGUGGAUAUCUGAAAGUUAGAGAUGGAAGUUCAUCAAGUGAUCCCCUUCUCAAUGAAUACUGCGGCACUCUAAGCUAUGGCACAGUGACAUCGACAGGAAAUCAUUUGUUCGUUGUUUUUUACAGCCAUUACAGCGCAAACAGCUUCCGCGCAACAGUCCGUUCUAGAUACAGUUCUUCUACAUACAGACCUUUCUACCCAACAACGCUGUCUGCAUAUCACAGUUGUAGUAGUUACAGCUCUGAAACAACCUUUUACCUUGAAAGUUCAAGCUCGACAACCAUCAGGUCGGGUGAUGGUGGCUUCGGGAACACCAGGGCUCCCCAUUCAAGCUGCACCUUCAAAAUUUCUACAAAGAAGGGUUACAACCUGGAGCUUUCUCUUGACAAGAUGUACACGUACAGUUGUUACAGCUGUUCUUGUGGAUAUCUGAAAGUUAGAGAUGGAAGUUCAUCAAGUGAUCCGCUUCUCGGUGUAUACUGCGGCACUCUAAGCUAUGGCACAGUGACAUCGACAGGAAAUCAUUUGUUCGUUGUUUUUUACAGCGAUUACAGCGGAAACAACUUCCGCGCAACAGUCAGUUCCAGAAGAGGUUCUAGUGUUAAUGUUGCGGCCAUCGUCGUGCCUAUCGUUGUUGCAGUUGUCCUGUUUUCCAUCAUCUUUGCUGUCGUCAAGUGUACCAAGAUAAAUCGUUCUGCUGGACCGGCUGGGUCGUCCCGUGUGAACGACGUUCCCUUACAGCCCCUCUCAGAGGCCCAUUUGUUCCCGACGAUUGUGUCGUCUCUGUCUUCUGGUACACAGCGAGUUGAUGUUCCGCCUCCUCAUCCCAAUCCCGCGACAGCCCCUGAUGAACUGCCUCCCUCCACUGAUUAUUCACAGGGUUUUACUAACUUCGCAGAAGGAGGAGGAUAUGUUCAAGGAUGAACAAUGCUCGGUCUGUUUCCAGGAUUCGUUUGAUGCGUGUGUAAUUUCUCUGAGGAUAAACUGGAUAUUUACGAAAAGAGUUAAUAAUGCAUCAAGUGUAGCCAAAGAUAAAUGCAGUAAUGACGUAGAUUAACUGGUUGUAAACUUAACACAAGGUUACUCAACCGUGUAUCUAUUAGCAACUUAGUGUGGAGGAUCCUUAGGGGUCUUUACGUUUCGUAUUGGAUUAGUGAAACAAUUUAAUAUAAUGCUUAUAUAGCGCUUACACGUUGAUUUUAGUCAAGGUUAGUACAAGUUAUGUUGACUAGUUUAACCGACUGUCAACAUAGCCUCAAUGCUAACUGGUCACAGAGUGGUACGGUGGUGUUCCUUCAGCCCCGAGGUAGUUUGGUUAAUAGUUGAGUUCGUAUCUUUUGAGGCUGGAACAAAAUUUGGUGCAAUCUAACGUAGAUUUUUAGCCUAUUGAGAUGGCAUCACAAUAACCCCGUUUGAAGAGUGUUAUAGUUUGCGACAUGGUUUUUAGUAGUUUUGUUUCAAAUUUCUUCAUGGAUAUGAAUUGCUGUUACGGGAAAAUUUAAUGAUGUUUCCGUGUGGUUGUUUAAACAUGUUUAUUCGUCAUUUUCGGUAUUCUAGCCUUCUCAAUUCAAAAGACUUUCUUUCAUUUGAUGCUUUAAAAAGAUAAAAAGCCAUUAACAGUAGUUUUUGAAUAGUAAACUUAAGUUGUACAGCUGCAUCUCGGUACUUUUGUUGUUUAUUAUAGUGGAAUUUUAGGUCAAUAUAAGCGUUAGUGAUCUUUUUGGCAAAAUAGGUUCUCAUGGUAGUUGGCAGCUGAGUUUAUACUCGUAACUUAAAUUUCCUUCCAUACUACCAAACUUAACACCACCUUUGCAUAGAUAAGCAGAAACUUUAAUUGGGUUUUUUCAGCUUAUUUGUAAGCUGCUCUGUUGUAAUUACGAUAGGUAUAUUUUUAAUAGCGAAGCUGUGAAUUCACACCUAAGUUUCCAAUUUUUAAUGGCCUGCUCUUUCAUUUUCGACAUAUAAAUAUUUAAAUAUAAAUCAUUUAGCUUCCAAGAGACCUUUUCCGUUCUUUUACAACCUUACUCAAUGGGACACCAGUUCAUAAUUAAGUGAGAACUUUGUAAAGGUUUUUCUCGAUAACAAAGUUGAAUAUAGUAGAGGUCAUGUCAGUUGUUGGCCUGACCUAGAAUAAAAGUUUGCAGUGGAACCAAA